CGAUGAGGAGGCUGAGCAUCGCCGCCGCUGCACUGCUGCUCAUCUCUACCGCUGACCGAAGCUGGUUACUAUCGUUCUGCAGUGUUUGUGACAAGUUGCCUCGGUUACAGUGAAAAUAAAUGCCUCGCGAGCAUGGAUAACGACUCGUGUUCGGAAAUACUGAAGCGGUCUAUAAAACUAGGAGAUGUUGUUGAAACGAGAAAGUAUCUAGACCACAACAAACUCACAGAAAGGGAGAAGAACACCGUUUUGCAUCUGCUACUGGAAGGCAGCUCGAGCAAUGGACAGACGCCCAGGGUUGAGUCGUUCAACCCGCGUGUGCAAAUUACCUACAUGCUGUGUGCUUGUGGCGCCAAUGUUGAUCAACUCAACCAGGACGACCACACCCCUCUACAGGUGGCAGCACACCAUGGCAUGAAUCACCCGUGCGAGGCGUUGUUGCAAUGCGGCGCCGACAUGUACGUCUCCUUCAAAGAGGAGGCGGGGUCUAUUGUAGUUGGCGUGCGGAUGAGCUAGCGGCAUCUACAUUCUACAGAA